GCACUGAUCAAAAGUAUGGCUGUGACGAGGUAUGAUCUGGGGCAAAAUAGUGCUUCAGUGAUAGAAGCACUUUCACAAGUGCCGUCAAAGGAACUGGUGAUCUUGCUAACCCAACACGCAACUUUGCCUCGUCUCAUCACAAAUUCACUUCACAUCUUGGCAAUCAAUACUGUACAAAAUGGAUUGAAAGGAUUACGAAACGAACAGCAAAAGUAUGCAGAUCAGAUUGCCAACAUACUGAGAAGGCUCAUCUCACGUGGUGAUCCUUCACAAGCUAGACGAUUGGUUCCUACCCACGCUUCUUUGAUCGAUUUGGCAGUUUGUAUGAAUUCCAAAGAUAUCCUCGCACGUUUGGUAGAUGAGAAAGGAGCAGAAGAUAUAUUGAAAGCAGUGGUGACAGCAUACAGUUCUGCCUCAUCAUCAAAAGACACAGGAAGUAUUGCUCCUGCCGCUAAAGUACUUGCAAGGCUUCUGUACGCUUUGCCAAGGUGGAAACAUGCCUCAAACGCUGCAGCCAGAAAAGGUCAGACCUCGAAAGCACCUUUUCCCAGCUCUAAAGAUGUAGAGAAGCUCUUUGACUCUUUCCAGAAGCACUACUUGUCCAUAAAACUGUCUACUACUGUCACUGCGGCUGAUGAAUCUAAGCUUUACAGCAAAAUUUCCAUAUUGGAGGCAACUUGGGCUUUACUGGAAAGGCAGGUAUCGAUUGAUGCCUUACAUGCAGCGGAUCUGGACAGAUUAUUGGCCAAUUCAACAAAUAAUUCGGGUGUCGCACCUUUGGUUGAUUUGCCGCUCUUCGUGGAUCUAGCAUUGGUCAAGCCAUUGGUCCCAUUAUUGCGCAAAAUUGGUGCCCGCUCUCAGUCUCUUGAUUUAUUGGCACAAAAAAUAGAAACAUUAUCCUCAAAGGAAGGAUCGAGUAUCAGCAGUUUAAGCUCAGCUUGGAAGCAGGUAGUUGAUUUAUCACAAAGAGAUACGGUCAUACAAGGAAGAAGUCAUUCAAGUAUCAAUCCUGAACUGCUCUCCACUAUUACGGCCAUCAUGCCGCAAUGGGAACAACACUUAGACAAGCUCAAGGAUAAAUUGUCAAACUCGCCUUAUUUGGAUCAAUCGAAUGAUUUGAUCAUUCAAAUGCUUCUGGAUGAAGGAGAGCCGCAAAUAGGUGAUAUCGGUGCACCCAGCACGUCAACAGUCUCUGCUCAAUCAAUGGAUCCUAUGGAACUUCUACGACAACGUGCAAAUGUGUUUGACGAUGAGCCUUUAGAAUCUUCCAAAUUGAUUUAUGGAGGAGGAAAAGGUAAAGGUCGCAAUACCAAAAUCGCUUUGGGCUCAGGUCUUUCUGAUGAAAUGAAAGCAGCAAUCAUUGCACGUGCAGAAGCACCUGAUUCCGAUGAAGAAGAUCGUGAAGAAUGGGAUCCGUUUGCUGAGAGUAGUGGAAUGAAUAGGUUGGAAGUUGGAUUUGAAGAAGAGUUGGACGAAGAGGGAGAUCAAUAUACGGGUAAUGUCUCCAUUCGUAAACCUGCGGCUGAUGAAGAGGGAAGUGAAGAGGAACAAGAUCAUAUCGAAGAAGCAGAAGCAGACGGACGUCAUGGUGGAGCAGGACACGGUGCAAUCCACAGCAAUACUGCCAAGGCCAAUGUAGAAUCCGAAAGAGCUGCCGAACGUAUUAUGAUCACGGCCUGGAAAGAGAGUGGACCUGGUUUAUUCGAGAAACAACAUAGAGGAAGUUCAGGAAGAAAGCAACUCGUUGCACGAUUGAAUGAUAUUCCAACAAGUAAUAAACGAUGGGAUGAUCAAUUAAUUGAAAGUUGGGCAACAAUGUUUAACAGAAAUCCAAGAAAAGAUAAACUUUUGGCCAAUGUGGAUGAUUUGAUGAGAAUCGGAAAUACAAACAGGGCACCAAUUCCAUCUACUCAAGAUUCAGAAGAUGGUAUUUCGGAAAAUCGCUCUAAAUUUGGUCCUGAUCGUGGACGUGGUGGGCGAAUCUUAGGCGGAGGAGGGCAGCAUUCACGUGGCGGAGGAAGAGGAGGGAAUAGAGGUGGUAGAGGCAGAGGCGGUGGCGGUGGCAACAAUAGAGGCAAUCGUGGUAAGCCCGGGCGUGGGGGACAUUAGCAGGUGUUCCUUUUUUGACGUCUGUACUAUUAACUUGACAAUAGCAUCUCUACCAUUCCGUGGGAGAUACCUGUCAGCAACAAAUAAGCGAGGUCUCGUGGGUAUUUAAACGUAUAGCACAAUGCAGGCACAAGCCACAUUUCACACUCAGCUAAGUGUCUAAUUUUAUGGUGAAAGAGUCGGAAUUAUAAGGAAGUGGAAAAUGAUUAAGCGAGGCACAGUAAGAAAGAUUGCAAAGCAAUAAAGAAUGUAAUUGAAUGUUGAGGUAUGCAAUGCGAAUCAAAACGGCAAAAAGUCAUGCAGUCUGAAUGUACAUUGACCACAUGUAAGCAAGGAUGACAGCCUUUACCCCGCACA